AGCAAAAAAAAAAAAAAACCUGCCCAGGCGUUGGGUGCAAACAUACAAAAUGAUGAAAAGUGCAAAAUACGAAAAAGAAGAUAGCAAAACCAAAACAAAAAAAAAAAACAAACAACAAAAUCAACCAGGAUACGAGAAACAACGACAGAAUUUUUUCUCCAGUGGUGUCAUCGCAGUCCGUGGAUUUGGCGGAUCGCUGACAGAUAUGAAAACGAGUCAUCAUCUGUAUCCUUUGCCCAAAAAUAUGAUCCGUUUAUUUUCCAACUGAUACUUAUAUCACGCAUGACGUCAUCUUCAUCAUCAAACAAAGACGAUUACAAAUAAAAAAGUUUGAUUUUCCCAGUCCGUUCAUUUCGCGUUCACGUCAAAUGACCAACUUUCAAACUAAGGAAACGUUUUUUUCGGCUACUGUAGGUAUAACGUAAAAAUGUGGUGGAGGUGGGGAACACGCCACUAAUUUUGCUACCGAAAGUCCGACCCGCAUCAGAGUUAGCAUAACAUUAAACCGUGUGAACUUGCUAACCUGCAAAACUGGAGUAGUAAACUGCUUAGAGAGAAGUGUCCUAUAGCUCCUGUAUGUAUACUGUUAACGUUCAUGAAACUGUGACAAAUGUAGUGAACUCUGCUGGAAACUAUAGAACUGGGAAAACGUAAGAUCUGCUGCUUUUUCUUCCUAUGGCCUUUUUUAGAAGGAAAGAGGGCUAGAGUACGUUGUGACCUUACACUUUUGAAAUACCUUUUAGUGCAUUGACGUAUACUGUAUUUACCGUGUUAAAUAAAAUGUAUUUUCUUCAUUUUUUUCAAAAGAUUAUUGGCAGACAUUUUUGUCAGAUAAUCAUAAUCGAGGCAAAAAGCUUCAUUUGUCCCAAUUGAGAUUUUUUUCCAUAAUUUACACUUUAGAGAUAGAAAUAAGGGAGAAGAUGAAAGACCACCAAAUGAAGCAAUGUAUUACUCUUGUGGUGAAGGACAACGUAAAGGUGAACAUCUAUAGUUCCAUGUAUAGGUUAAGUAGUACCUCCCCCACUCCCAACGAAACACACACACAAAACAACCACAGUAAAUUUCCUUAUUAAGGGCGAAUUCCCUCCCGCUUUAAAAAAAAAAAAAAAAAAAGACCUUAUCCUAUAUGAAAAUAACAAUUGCAAUUUUUGUCGACGGAAGUACAUAUGUCAAUAUUUGCAUUGAUCGUUUAGCUUAUCGAAUAAUUAGGUUCUUAUUUGUGAUGUCCCGUCCCCCAUGAGCAAAAAGUGUCCACGCAGGUUAUGUUGUCCCUACCAAUGUUGAGACCAAAUGUUACGAGUACCCCUGGUGGUCAGGGGCCGCGAGCGUAAUAUCAGACGGCAGGUGUGCAAGGAGGAGGCAGUGACAAAUCAAAAUGGCAAAUAAAACGUUUAUUUAACAGAACAAAAGGCAAUGGACACAGAGCACACAAACAUUUAGCCAACCCCCUACACUAUGCAGCAAACACCAAAUAAAAGUUCCAAAACCCCCCAACUAAACCUAGAACCCAAGACAAGCCCCAAACUAAAUCACUACUGUGGCAGGCACCUAGUGUACCCCAAAAUACAUGGGUGGUGUUGCCGCUCUAUCUAAUGGACUAAUACAGAGAGUUAGUACCUGAGUACGUGAGGUGCAAGAGACACGAUGUAUACCUGCAGGUGUCUAACUAAAGUCCCUAGCUCUGUGCUCUGCGCCAGCCUAAAGGCAAAAAAGACAAGAGAUCAUUAAUAAACAAGUGGCAGAAAGCAAACUUCACAAACAGAAUCAAAGUCAAACAUAACAGGCUUCAAAAAACCAAGACAACCAAAUUGAGAGCUGCCACCGCCUCUCCUGAAACGAGCAAACAAUUCAACUUAUAUAGUGGCAGGACCGCCAGAUGAUUGGAGGAUUAACUAAUGAGGAAGUGGUUCCAGCUGUGGAGGCCUGUGAUCACACAGGUGGAAAGUACUGCAAAGGAAAAAUACAGGUGAAAACCAACAUAAACCAGUAGAAAGUGAAAGGGAAAACACACAUACCUGAACAAAAAGAUCAAUUACUCUCCAUCCGUAACACCAAACCUACGUUGAAAUACUGUACUUGGCCAAUGUUGGCACCCCGCGCGUCCUUCAGACAGACAGACAGAAAAGCCUUCAACCUGUCAGUCCUAUUCGAUUGGACGUCUACUGGAGUCAACGGCACUGAAACGUCAUCAUACUAUUUAGAAGAAUUUGUGACGGACUAUUUUUGUCGACGGGAAAAAAACACAGAAGUCACGCGCUCCUUCCUUCCGCUUUGGGUGCAUGCGUGCAGGGCGCCACCCGUGCAGGCCGGGCGUCACGUGGACUUUGGAGCAAGCGCGGAAGAGGAAGCGCCGUUCCGAGCCGAGCCCGGAGCGGAGCGGCUUUAUCGCGCUCCUGCACGCGGACGAUGAGUGCGCCGGCGCCGGCGCCGACGGUGGCGGUGCUACUGGACCUGGCGCACGGUUGCGGCUGCGGCUGCGCCGGGCGCUCGCUGCGCCAGGAGGCGGCUCGCUCCGUGGCCGGCGCCCGCACCGGAGCCCACUUGUUGGUGCUGAGCGCGACGGGCGGCCCGGCCGGCGGCGACGCGGCCGAGGCGACGGCGGGCGCCUGGAGCGGCGGCGGGGUGGCGCGCGUCCUCUCGGACUGGCGCGCCGACGCCGCGUCCGCCUACCGCCUGAAGUGCUCCGCGGACGAGCUGGGCGCGCUCUCCCUGCGCGUUAUCACUAGCCGGCGGGGGCGCGCGCGGCUGCUGGGCUACGAGCGCGCGCUUUUUAGCCCACUUUACACGUGGACGUACCUGCUGGGCUGCGACCGGGAAGACGACGACGACGACGACGACGGCGGCGGCGUACGAGAGGCGGACGAUGAGGUCGCCGCCUACCUUCGGCGACUCCCGUCGGUGGGCGGGCCCGUCCGGGUGCUGACGUCGGCGCUGAUCCCUCCAGAGUGCUUUGGCCACGGCUUCAGCACGCGUGCGGGCGGCGUGUCGCGGGUGCCCACCUUGUCCUCCUUGAACCUGGUCAGCAGCCCCAAGAGGCGCGACUCGGCGGCCGUGGUCCGGGAGAAUCGGCGCCGUCUGGCGCUUCACGCCGGAUUCUACCCGCGCCCGCUACACGUACUCAAGGUAGAGCACGGCGGCCGCGUCUGGGUGUGCGGACAGGCCGAGCCGGAGCGCUACGAUGCGGCGGUGACGGAUCGGCCCGGGACGGUCCUGGCGGCGCCGGGCGCCGACUGCCUCCCCUUGCUCUUCGCCGAUCCCGUGGCCGGAGCGGUGGGGGCGGCUCACGCGGGCUGGAGAGGAACGCUGCUGGGCGUGGCGACGGCCACGGUGGCCGCCAUGACAACAGAGCUGGGGUGCGUGCCCGAAGACAUCCUGGUGGUGUCGGGCCCCUCGGUAGGUCCGUGCUGCUUCACGCUGGAGCCGGAACGGGCCGCCCGCUUCCGGCCGGAAUGCGUCCGUCCCGUACGGGCCGGCGGACUCGGCGUGGACCUGCGGCUGGCCAACAGGCUCCAACUGCAGGAGGCGGGGAUCGCGCCGCAUCACAUCCACGACGACGAGGGGGUGGCACCAUGCACGGCGUGUCGCCCGCGAGACUUCUUUUCCCACGCGCGAGACGGCGCCCACUUCGGCAGUCAGGCGGGCUUCGUGUGGAUCCGCGAGGAGCGGGGGGGAGGCUCGCUUUUGCCGGGCUGAAAAAGCAGUCUCUCUUUUGCCCCCCUUGGGAAGGGGGGGGGGGCGGCUGGAUAGGUCGUAGCUUGAGCUUGUUUGUUAUUUAGAAUCACGAUUAUAUUAUUUUCAAGUGUUCAUCAUGUCAAUGUUGAUUUUCAUCCAUUAUUUCAAUGUAAUACUUUAAAAUGGUGUUUCAUUUCCCACAUCAGUUUUGAAUUUCGACAGCAUUUUGGAUUGCUUCAAAUAAAGCAUAGAUGAAGGUUCAUUUGCGGUUAGCCUGCAACGUAGAGGCGUCUGGCCACUUCGCUCGUGUCGUGCCUCUCCCCCGCCCCGGACUCCGGUCCGUUGUCGUCUCCGGUCUCCGUGCAGGCUUGCUCACACGAUCAGGUUUUUUUUUUCUUGGCCAGAGAGAAGAUGCAUGUAGCUUUUAAAGGUGCUGAGUGAUCAUCACACUAAAUGUACCUUGUAGCGUGAGCAUAGCAUUAGCCUAAUGCAAAUGCUAAUGGUGAGCAUCCUCUUACAUUCUUUGACAUUUUUACAUGCGGUUCGUAGUGUCCAGGUGGGUAUAAUUCAUUGAAAACAAUAUUGUUUUUCUGCAGGUUGUUGGCGUUGUCCUCGCAGACGCUACAAUAUGUGCUCAUUCGAAAUAUUUGGGAACCUUUAUUUAUUUUUAAGAGUAUCAUUUUUCAAAAUUUUACAGACGAAAACAUUUUUAGCAAACUCGCCCAGGCCUUCAUUCAUCAGCUGAUACAGACGCGUCACUCCAAAUACCAGUGACCCUCCGACAAAGACAGAAGUGUUUGCCGAAACACGUCAGGUCAUUAAAUCACCUACUGUUGUCUGGGAUAAAAGAAAAAAAUCGACUAAUUUAUAAAUGUAGGCAAAAUGAACUCAAUACAACUACUUUCGGCAAACGUCGACUAAAACUAGAUGAAAUUAGUUUUCGUUCACAAAAACUAGACGCUGACAAACAUUUUGAGAUGACUAAGUAUUAUCGUCCAUAAGACUGAGACAAAAAUGAAAAGGGCCAUCAAAAAUCAACACUGGAUACAAAGUAUGGCGAAAUAAAUCUCUGAAUCUGAUAUACCACCAUAUGGCCGGCCACACCACUCAUAUUUUACAGCGGAGUCAAAACGUUGUUGGGUACACAAAACGGCAACAUCGCCCUGCGGUCACAGUCAAUAAUACAAGCUCAAAGUUUGUCAAUCCCAUUUAAAAUGGGCAAACAAAGUUUAAAACAUUAAAAAAAAUAUCCCUCAUCAUUUAACUUUUAGAUGAAACUAUUUGAAAUUUCAUUUCUGUAUUUGGUCUCGCUUCAGUUUGUCACAUUAUAGAUCAAAGCAGCCUCAAAUGCUUUUUUUUUUCUAACAGCAGAUGCCCGAGGAACGCCCCCACCCCCUUCCGAUUGGACGUUUGUGCCCGUCACGGUUUGUCUAUACCGAACACCAUGUUCAAAUAUAGGCAGAGGCGUCACGUCCCAUUAGGGCAAACCAGGCAAUUGCCUACGGCCCCCAGCCAGCAGUGGCCCCCAGAGGGCCAACAGAUUUAGCACACGCAGCUUUACUGCAAUGUCGCAGCGACAAGUGCAACAGUACCAGUGAAAGUCUUGUGUCUGAGUUCCCUGAA